AUGUCUGACACAAAGGUCUACCGCGCCAGUACCACUGCGCCCGUCAACAUCGCUGUUGUCAAAUACUGGGGCAAGCGCGACGCGAAGCUUAACCUCCCUACCAACAGCUCCCUCUCUGUCACCCUCUCGCAAGACGACCUUCGAACCCUUACAACUGCCUCAUGCUCGAGCACCUUUACCGAUGGCGACAGCCUCACUCUCAACGGAGAGUCCUCCGACAUCUCUGGCGCCCGAACCCAGGCUUGCUUCCGUGAGCUUCGAUCUCGCCGUGCCGCUCUCGAGGAAGCCGACUCUUCGCUUCCCAAGCUUUCCACCUACCCCCUGAAGAUCGUCUCCGAGAACAACUUCCCCACUGCCGCCGGCCUUGCUUCUUCCGCUGCUGGUUUCGCCGCGCUGGUUCAGGCUAUCGCCCUUCUCUACGAGCUUCCCGACUCGCCUUCAGACCUUUCCCUCAUCGCCCGUCAAGGUUCCGGAUCCGCUUGCCGAAGUCUCUUUGGCGGUUAUGUUGCUUGGAGAAUGGGCGAGAAGGAGGACGGUAGCGAUUCCAAGGCUGACCUUGUCGCUCCCGCUUCGCACUGGCCUGAGAUGCGAGCUCUGAUCCUCGUUGUCAGCGCCGCCAAGAAGGGUGUUUCUUCUACUUCUGGUAUGCAGCAGACCGUCGCUACCUCUGGUCUCUUCAAGGAGAGAAUCACAAACGUUGUCCCCGCCAACAUGGCCCUGAUGGAGGAGGCCAUUAAGAACAAGGACUUCCCCAAGUUUGCCGAGGUCACCAUGCGCGAGUCUAACUCUUUCCACGCUACCUGCGCCGACACCUACCCUCCCAUCUUCUACAUGAACGACAUCUCCCGCGCUGCCAUCCGUGCUGUCGAGUACAUCAACGAGAAGGUUGGCAGGACCGUCGCUGCAUACACAUUCGAUGCCGGCCCCAACUGUGUCAUCUACUACGAGGAGAAGGACGCUGACAUUGUUGUUGGCGCUUUCUACCAGGCUCUCCAGGGUGUCGGUGGUUUCAAGGAGGGUGCUGCCAGCGCCAGGUCCAGCAUUGAGUUCGAGAGGACUCUUGCUUCCACUCUGAAGGAGGGCGUGAGCCGAGUUAUCUCUACUGGAGUUGGAGAGGGUCCCGUCAAGACCGACGAGUUCCUUGCUUAA